AUACGGACGACCCGACCCGCCACGGAUCUCAUGCUCACAUAAUCACACUUGAUUAGCCCCAUUCUCUCUCAAUCACUUAUUAGAAAUCGAAUCCAACUUUCUCUACUUCUCUCCCUGCCCUAGUCAAAGGGUUUACGAGGUUGCAAUUUAGAGUUUGGACUGCUAAUAAAGUUUCAAUACAGCGACUUGUAAUCUGAAAUUGUUGGACAUGGCUUCAUCAUACCUUCCUGCAACAACAGAUUCACUUGCUCAGGCUUCUGAGGCUAAAAGUCCAUCUGAGGCUCUCUCUAUCCUUUACAGCAUCCUCAAUAACCCUUCGUCUUCUUCUGAUGCUUUAAGGAUAAAAGAACAGGCAAUCUCCAAUCUCUCUGACCUGCUAAGGCAGGAGAAUAGGGCAGAGGAACUUAAAAACCUUCUGACCCAAUUGCGACCCUUCUUUUCUUUGAUACCAAAGGCAAAAACAGCAAAAAUUGUUCGAGUUGUUGUUGAUGCAUUGUCAAAAAUACCAGGUACAUCUGAUCUUCAGAUUGCCCUUUGCAAAGACAUAGUGCAGUGGACCCGAGCUGAGAAGCGAACUUUCCUCCGCCAAAGGAUUGAGGCUAGACUUGCUGCUCUUUUGAUGGAAAGCAAGGAGUAUGGUGAGGCAUUGACACUCCUUUCAGGGCUGAUUAAGGAGGUAAGAAGAUUGGAUGACAAGCUGUUGCUUGUGGAGAUUGACUUGCUAGAGAGCAAGCUUCAUUUUGCGUUGAGAAACCUUCCCAAAGCAAAAGCUGCGCUGACAGCUGCCCGUACAGCAGCCAAUGCUAUAUAUGUGCCUCCAGGUCAGCAGGGCUCUAUUGAUUUGCAGAGUGGGAUCCUUCAUGCUGAGGAGAAAGAUUAUAAAACUGCUUACAGCUAUUUUUAUGAAGCAUUUGAAGCGUUUAAUGCUCUUGAAGAUUCACAGGCCAUAUAUAGCCUCAAAUAUAUGUUGCUUUGCAAGAUCAUGGUGAGCCAGGCUGACGAUGUAGCAAGCAUAAUAUCAUCGCCUAAGGUUGGAUUGCAGUAUCAGGGACCAGAACUGGAUGCUAUGAAAGCUGUUGCUGAUGCUCACUCAAAACGCUCAUUGAAGCUAUUUGAGAUUGCUCUUCGAGAUUUCAAGACACAGCUAGAUGAAGAUCCCAUUGUCCACAGGCACCUUUCUUCCCUCUAUGACACUUUGUUAGAGCAAAAUCUUUGCAGGUUGAUUGAGCCUUUCUCGAAGGUUGAAAUCGGUCAUAUUGCUGAGUUGAUUGAGUUGCCCGCUGACCAUGUUGAGAAGAAGCUAUCCCAGAUGAUUUUGGAUAAGAAGUUUGCUGGAACUCUCGACCAAGGUGCAGGAUGCCUCGUAAUUUUCGAUGAUCCCAAGACAGAUGCCAUAUAUCCAGCUACAUUGGAAACCAUCUCAAACAUGGGGAAGGUUGUUGACAGUCUUUUCAUAAGAUCUGCCAAAAUAAUGGCUUGAGUUUCAGAUUGCAACUUAUGAGUUGAUUUCAUAUUUCCUUUUUGAUUUAGUUGACUUUUAAGGGAACCAGAACCAUUCUGUAUUUGAAUUUAAGGUUUCUGUUUACUAUAAAGAUUUGUGGCUUUUGAAAA